CCUACAUAUAUUACAUAUGUGUAAAAACUCAGCUGCUCACAAUUUAUAUAGUUACCGGUAUUUCAAUAGUUUACACGCGUUCCGGUUUUUUUUUAAUUCCUAACAUUUUUUAAAAUUGAGACGUUAAUAAUUAAGAAUGGAAGCCGUUAAAACUUUAGGACUGACGGAUUAUUUUGUGAUUGCUUUGACACUUGUCAUCAGUAUCGCAAUUGGCCUCUAUUAUAGAUUAACUAGCGGCAGACAGAAAACAGUUGAGGAAUACUUUUCAGCAAAUAAAACUAUGGGUCCAUUGUCAAUAGGUAUUUGUUUAAUGGUGUCUUUUAUGUCAGCAAUAACAUUAUUAGGCGUAUCAGCCGAAAAUUAUGUAUACGGAACCCACUUUGUUGUAAUUAAUUUAUCUUAUCUUAUUGGAACACCACUCGUUUGUUAUGGAUAUUUACCUGUAUUUUACAAACUACAAGCUACAAGUACCUAUGAGUACCUAGAAAGACGUUUUGGUGUGACAGCAAGAUUACUAGCAAGUUUUAUAGUAUGGCUUCAGAUGUUAUUGUAUUCUGGAAUAGUCCUUUAUGCCCCGGCUUUAGCGUUUGAAACAACAACUGGAUUGCCAAAACUGACAAGCAUCUUGUCCGUUGGUUUAGCAUGCGCCUUUUAUUCGAGUGUCGGUGGAAUAAAGGCUGUAUUGAUAACGGAUAUUUUUCAGGCGAUUCUAAUGUUCGCUUCGUUGAUUAUUAUCAUAAUUAGCGCAUCUUUUUCAGCCGGGGGUAUUGACAAAAUUUGGGACAUUGCGGACAAAGGCGGACGUAUAGAAUUUGAUAAUUUUUCAUUGGAUCCGACAGAACGUCAUACAUGGUGGGGACUUUUAAUUGGCGGAAUGUGUACAUUCUUGUCACUUUAUGGAGUAAACCAAAUUCAAAUUCAGCGAAUGUUAACCGUUAAAAAUUUAAAAUCUGCUCGAAAUGCAUUAUGGCUAAGUUGGCCAAUUCUUACAUUACUUUCUAUGAUGACAUGUUUCUCUGGACUGGCAAUCUACAGUAAAUAUUUCGAUUGCGAUCCAAGAACAGUUCAAAGAAUAAAAAAAAAUGACAUGUUGAUGCCUUUGUUCAUUAUGGAAAUGACAUCUUCUCUUCCCGGCUUACCGGGAUUAUUUAUUGCUGGAAUAUUCAGCGCGGGUUUGAGUACAAUAUCAGCGGCACUGAAUGCUCUCGCGGCAAUAAGUUUAGAAGAUUAUAUAAAACCAUUGUAUUUUAAAUUGACUAAAAAACAGUUUUCCAACAAAAAAUCAGUAAUAUGCAGUAAAUUUCUAGCAUUUUUAUUGGGAAUGAUUUGCAUUGUUUUGGCAAUUCUGGCUCAAUAUUUAGAGAGUAUACUUCAGAUGAGUUUAACAAUAUUCGGAAUCGUCGGAGGACCACUUGUCGGUUUAUUCACACUAGGAAUGUUGUUUGAAUCAUCAACACAACGCGGUGCUAUAAUUGGUGCAAGUGUUUCCUUGAUAUUUUUAUUAUGGAUUUCAUUUGGUGGCCCAAGACCAGGCCCUCAGACUUUACCUGUAUCAAUACAAGGCUGCGAUAGUAAUUUAUUGGCUCAUUUAAAUUUGACAUCAAAUAUCAAUGGAACAAUGGGAAAUUUUUCAAACCAUUCGGAAUUUUUCUACUUGUAUCGAAUUUCAUAUCUAUGGAUUGCGCCUAUAGGGCUUUUUAUUACUAUUGUAAUUGGCUGGAUUACAAGUAAUUUACUACAAUGUUUUGGAGUUGACAGAGUCAAAGAAAAUUUAGACCCUGAUUUAUUUUUUCCAUUUAUUGCUAAACGCAUUCGAAACAGGAGUCAAAAUAAACGAGAGGUUAAUUUUGAUGAAACGAAUUUACAGAAAUAUCAACUCAAUCAAAAUGUUAAUGAUGGAAGAACUCAGGAAUCAUUAUAUUCUUAAUUAGUACUUAAUUAUAUUCUAUAUAAAAUAUUUAUUACAGUCGAACUCCAUUAAUUUGGACAGUUUGUUUACGAAAGAGCGGAAAUUUCCGGAAAAUUCUGACUUAGCGAAUGCCCCUUCUCUUUUGAAGAGUAAACUUUGACGCAUGCGCUCUUACGCCACAUGUAUAACGCAUAUAUAAAUAUACGAACGCAUAUAAAUGUAUGACAUGGGGUGGGAGACAGCGUACCUCGUAGUGGGAGUCAAGAUUGAGGGGAAGAUUUAUUUUCUUAAAAGUUGAAUAUUUUAAAAAAUUAUUUUACUGAUUUUGAUAAAGUUUUGAGGAAAUUAAUGGAAAUUAUUUUAAAUGUAUAAAGACGAGUUAAUAUUUAUCUACGGAAAAUAUUUAAAGAUUUUUGAAAAUUAAUAUAUUUUUACAUGGUGAUAGAAAAGUAUAGUACAAAGAGAAUUAUGGAAGAUUGCAGACCUAGGAAGUAAUAAGAAAUUUCGACCUAAAUGGUGUGCAUACUAUUUCUCACUAAUCGAAGCUUAGCGCAUGCGCGUACUUAAUUCAUAGGUUUUGAAAUAAAAAAAUAGUAUAUUAUAGGUCGAGAGCGGAAAGUUAUUACUUGCUCUGAGAAAUUUUUUGCAUUAUGGAUUGAAAACGAACAAAUUUCGUGCGGCAAAAAACUUUUUCAGGUUCUAAGAAAUUUUUUUUUUCAUAUCGUAGUGAAAAAUGUUUUUUCACCAUUCCAUUUUAAGUUAAGAAAUUAUAAUUGU